UUUGGUGGAGGCCCGAAAGUCCCAAAUUUUAAACAACAGAAACAAUCAAGAUGUCCACUCCUAUCAACUAUAAAAACAAAGACACAAUGAACGACUAUCUGCUAAGGAGUAAAAGAACUGAUUUGUCAAAAAUGCCAAGUACACCGGUGGCAUCAACGAUACCGACAUCCGUUUACAACCCUAGUCCGUUAUCGGCGGCAAAAGCCAUCCUGGAAAACGACGCGUCAGGGGGAACAACACCUACCAAAGGAACGUCCCUGACUGAUAAGAACCGUACGUUGACGGAAAGAUUAAUUCAGCCAUUAGCACAGCCGCCAAUCCAGUCCACGUCUGAUCAAGCGCCUAUGCGGCAGCAACAAGAAGACCCGGAGAAGCAGCAGUUGCAAUUGCAGGUUCAAAACUUGGAACGGCAGCUUCAACUGCAAAUGCAGCUCAACCAGAUGCAACCGGAACUACCACAGGCGUCCCAGCCUGAAUCAAGGGGAUCCAAACACAUGGGAAACGUGUCCCUGCAGAGGUUUGAAGGAGGAGACCAAAAUCCAAUCAAGUUUUGGAGUCUCUUUAUUCAAUACUGCACAUUGUACAGGUUUUCGGAGAGCGAAACAGUUGGCAUGUUUCCGCUGCAUGUGUCCAACACUGUGCAAGACUGGUUCUUUUCGCUGGGGGAAGGCGUUCGCAGAAACCUGCAGCUUCUGAAGGAGGCGUUUUUGGAACGAUUCCAGAGACGGAACCUCGAAUACAGCCUCCAGCAUAUAAAACAACACCAGUCUGAAUCAGUCAACGACUAUAUAAACAGAAUUCUGGCGCAAACUGCCGACAGCAACGUGCCAGAAGCCAUCCUGGUAAGCAUGCUUGUUGGAGGAUUGAGGCCAGAUCUAGCAGCUAUAGUAAUGCCUCAGGUACCAAAGACUCAUCAACAAUUUUUGGCUGCAGCCUCGAUUGCAGAGAAGACGGUCCAGAUGACAACGGCAAAACCUAUCGAGAACCUAACUUUGCAGGUAGCCAACAUAGCCAGUAUGGAGGACAGACUAUCGGCCAUGUUGACGGACAAACUCAGCAGUAGUGUCGCCGAAAUGUCAGCCAUACAGGCCCAAAACAACCAGUCGAAUGGACCGUACCAAAGGCAAAAUUACCAGCAACGACCAAAACUUACUUACCAGCAACGGAACUACCAACGUCCACAAAGCUCAUCGUGUCAAGGAUGUGGAAAUGUAACCAGUCGAUUUAGCCUAAUGUUAAUGUUUAUCGUUAUGGUCAUACUACCACUCAGCAUCGUCGGAGGACACAUGACAGUGCAAGCAAGCAAUGCAGAAGAAGAUAUACACCGACUAAAUUACGGUGUACUUUUUCAAAAACAACCAUCCUUAUAUUUAUCACGUGAAUAUUGGCUUCACACUUUUGAAGUAGAAUUACCUAGUAAUAUUUCAAUUUAAAGCAUACCUUCAUGCACUGCUGCUGUAUCAACUUGUUAUUUAUUUAACUCAAUCAUUUUUCAUGUUAAUGUAUUAAAAGAAAACACGAUGACAUUUACUCAUCGAACACUUAUGGAAAUUUUUGACAUGGUUCCAGAAACAGAUUUGAACCCACAAAAACGUAAAUCUCGUGCUUUAUUACCUUUCAUUGGUUCAUUAAGUAAAAGUUUCUUUGGAACAGCAACCAUGGACGAUGUCAAUCUUUUGGCUAACCACACAAAUAAAUUGAUAAAAAGAGAUAGACAAAUGAGUCAUGCUUUGGAACAACAUGGUUCACACAUUUCAUCUUUUAUGAAAGUAGUAAAUCAUAGAUUUGACAAGUUAAAGGAAGGCAUGAAUCUAAAUCAUCUAUUGGCCAAUCAAAUCUUGUCUUCAAAUAAACAUUUUGAAAUAUUGAUGGCAAAUCUGUCCAUGGUAGCAUUCGAACAAGUCAGUAAAGCUAACGAAAUUCAAGUUCAAUUAGUAAAUACUCUUUCUUCUAUUCAGUCUCUCAUAAAUGGUAAAAUCACACCUCAUUUAAUACCAGAACAUGUUUUGAAAAAGACAAUAAACGGUAUCCUUGACAUCUUGCAGAGAGAUUUUCCUAAAUUUCAUUUACUUCAAAACAAACCAUCUAUGUACUAUCAAAAUGCCAAAUUUUUUUUUACAAGGCAUCAUUCCAGGUUAUAUAUCACAAUGAAAUUUCCAAUUUCAUCAUUUUCAUCAGCUUUAACAUUGUACAAGAUUUUGUCGUUUCCUCAUCCUAUCAGUCAAAAGAAUACAACAAAAGCUUCUCAAAUACUUGAUUUACCAACUUAUGUUGCAAUAACGGCAAAUCAUCGUCAUUAUACAACUUUUAAUUACGAAACCUUGUACAAUUGUGAAUUUGAUAGGUACAUCACAUGUGAUGUUUCGUUACCCAUUCAAACUAUUAAAACGUCAAGUUGUAUUUUUGCAUUGCUACAUGAUAACAAAUCAGUAAUUUUUGACCAAUGUAAUUUCAGAUUGUUACCAGAAUUGACAAAACCAAAUAUUUUUGAAUUAUCACCAGCAUCAAUUUUAUUGACAAAUGUUAAAGAGGUAACUUUGAAAUGCCCCAAUAAAACAUCAACAUUACCAGGAUGUCAAUUUUGUAUUCAAAAUAUUCCUUGUAGUUGUACUCUACAAACUUCUACAAUAACAUAUCAUCCUCGUUUGAUAAAUUGUCAGGAAAAGUUACAAGAAAGUACAAGAUUGUAUCCAAUAAACUUAGCAUUAUUACAUGCAUUUUUUGGUUUUGACAAGGUAAAAUCUUAUUUUGGCAAUACAUAUUUCAAAACUGCAGUAAAUAUAUCGAUUCCAAAUUUUAAAUUUUACAAUCAUAAGUUUAAUUCAAUUUUAGCGUCAGAUAGUAAAGACCACUUAAAUUUGAAGAAAAUUGCUAAAUCAGCUAAAAAGGAUGAAACCAUUUUUCAAAAUUUAGCAGAACCUUUACUCGAUGGUCAAAUAACACUUGAUUCGAAUUGGCCAGACACUAACGGUUAUCUAGCAAUAGCAUCAAUAACUAUAGGAGGAAUUUCUUUUAUAGGUUUUGUUUAUAUGUUUUUACAAUUCAGAUCUUUGAGAACUUCACUUUUGAUUUUACAACAAGUUCAUAAUGUACAUUCAAAGUCAACAGUACCAUCUUUUCUUUUUGAAGCAGUCACACAAACAACUACACAAUCAUUUUUAGAUUCAGCUAUUUUAAAAGAAUUUACUUGGGUACAUGGAUCUUUAAUAGUAGGAGUUUUAAUUUUAAUACUUUUAAUCUGUGUUUUAGUUUGCCUAUUCAAACAUUAAUCUCAUAACCCAACUAUAAUGUUAGAAAUUACUUCAGGAGGAUCAUGUGCUACAAUUCCAGUCACAUCAUUUCCAUUGUGUCCUUCUUAUUGGGAUAUUCAACCCCCGGUCACUAUUCAAAACGUUCAGAUUUGUAAUUUCCCAUUUGGAAAACUUUCAGUUGAGUGGCCAGGAUUCAAAGUUAUAAAUAAAUUGACAAAACAAAGCUUAACAGUUAAAACGUGUUUCAAAGUUGGUUUGUUUAAUUAUUUCAAAAUAAGGCGAAUAAUCAACCAACCAUAUUGUGCUUACAUAUUGAUUGUACAUCAAGGAUUAGCUACACCUUUACAAGAAAAUCAAGAACCUUUAAUUCCCAAAAUUCCACAGUAUCAAGAAUUUCAAAACAAUCUGUAUCCAAAUUUAGAACCUUAUUUAUAGGCAGUCAAGCAAGGCAUGACGUUUAAAAAUGAACAGUAUCUAUUCAUGUCUUAUGUAUAUAUUUGUGUGUGUUUAAUUAAUUUGUUUAUAUAUGUCUAAUAUCUACUAGUUUUAUAUUGAUAGCUUGUGUUUAAAUACCGUUAUCGUUGCCAAGAGGAUGUUACAUAACAUUUUACGAUAUUUCAUUAUCGGAUACCAGAUAAUCCUAUGUGCGGACAUUUAAUAUUCAUUUCAGCCGUGACUUCGAACCAGUGUGGACAUUUAAAUAUGUGAACAAUUUAUAUAGUGAAA